UCCUUUUGUGCGAAUUAAUUCGGAGUUUAUUGCAAUGCCUUCAAACAGAAUACAAAGUGGAAGUUUAAGCAGCAACUCAAAUACAUUCCUCAUUAAUGUAAAUGAACAAAAGAAAAACUCAAGAAAUACGAUAUUUCGCGCACCUAAAUCUUUGCAAGAAAAAGUUUUAGUCCUCUUGUCAUGUCUCCUUCUCAUCAUUUCUACUGUUUUCUUAAUUUCUCUUUGGAUUAUGUCAAGCAGAUGGAAAACCACAUUGUCGCAACUAAAAAGUAUUUAUGUAGAAGAAGAUGAUAUUUGUGAUACAGAUGCUUGCAAAGAAACAGCCAAAGGCCUCCUUUCGAAUUUAGAUCCGAGCACGGAUCCCUGCGUGGACUUCUACCAAUAUGCAUGUGGUGGAUGGAUGGAAAAACAUCCCAUUCCAAAAGGAAGACAGGCAUAUAUGGUUCAUGAGGACCGUCAAAAAGAAAUGACACUUUCCAUUACAGAUUUAAUAUUAAAUGAAAGUAAUGAAACUACAACUUCCAAAUCUGUUGAAAAUGCUAGAAAACUUUACAAAGCCUGCAUGAAUAAAGAUGCCAGAAAUGAAAUAGGAAUGAAGCAAUUACAGGAUCUUGUAAAGCAAUACGGAGGGUGGCCUAUGAUUGGCGACAACGAAUGGACAGAAGACGGUUAUGAUUGGCAAGAAAAAGCGGCAAAGGCAAAUAGAAAUCUUUUCACAGAUAUUUUUGUGGACAUAUCUUUCAUGAACAAUCUUGUGGAUAACAGAUAUUACAUAAUGGAGCUGCAAAGCGGUUUCUUUCCUUUCGCAAGUGGCAGAGAUCACGAUUUCUUGAACGAAACUUACAGAGAAGAAACGUGCGAUGACAUCAUGGACAUCGCUCGUCUUAUGGGCUCUACGCUCGACGAUGACACACUCAGAGAGCAAGCCGAGGAAAUAGUGGAGUUAGAUUAUCUCUUUUUUAAUGCUAGCAUGGAAUCAGUAGAUGAACAGGAGAGCCUUGCAAAAGCAGUUGGGGAAUUGAACUCGGAAGUCAAUGGCGAAACAUUCUCUUACAUAGGAUUCCUUAAUCAUCAUCUUCAGAGCGAUACUCCGAUUAAAAACGAUACGGUUUUAUACGUGUAUCAACCGGAGUACUUUUUAAGGCUUCCGAGCAUAAUGGCUUCUGUGAAGAAAAGAACGAUAGCCAACUACAUCGCCUUCAACAUCGUCUACUUUUUCGCCGAAUACUCAUCGGAUGAAAUUCGUAAUUUAACUUAUGGGAACAAAUCCAUAACGCAGAAAUCUGAGGCAAGAUUGUGCCAGCGAAUAACCAAGUCCUUCAUGUCUUUGGCCGUCGGGCGGAUGUAUAUAGACCGGUACUUCCCUCCUCUUACACGAAUGCAUGUGAAGAAAAUGGUUGAAAUGAUACGCUUGGCGUACAGCUCGACAAUCGAUCAAAAUACCUGGAUGGAUGAGAACACCCUGCUGUAUGCUCUAGUCAAGCUGCAAAGUAUACAGAAUAUGGUUGGUUACGAAGACUGGCUUCUCGAUGAUGUGGCACUCGAUGCUUUUUACGGAAAGCUCGGAGAUGUGCAAGAAGAUAACUUCUUUGACGCUGUCGUGACUCUCUGCACCAUUUUAAAUGACGUGAAAUACUCGCGUUGGAACAAAACAGGUGUUAGAAAUGAAACAGACUUGAUGGCCAACGAUCCCGUUGUUGUGAAUGCAUAUUACAUACCCAGUACAAACUUUAUUUCUUUACCGGCAGGGAUGUUUGGCUAUCCCUAUUAUAAAUAUGGAAGAAUAGACUCUAUCAAUUAUGGAGCUAUUGGAACCGUUAUUGGACAUGAAAUAAGCCACGCCUUCGACACUACUGGCCGGAAUUUCGACCACUUGGGCAAUUUGAGAGAAUGGUGGACGAACGGAACCAAAGUGAAAUUCCUAGAAAAAGCAGCAUGUUUCGCGCAUCAGUACAAUAAUUACAAAGAUUUGCUUUCCCCUGUUACGGUUGAUGGAACUUUAACUCUCGGAGAAAACAUAGCAGACAACGGAGGUGUAAGGAACGCCUUUAAAGCAUUUCGACUGCACUUGGCUCUAUCAGGAGAAGGACUGAAUUAUAGAAAAAGACUGCCUGGCUUAUCUGCAAGUCCAGAACAGCUCUUUUUCUUGGGCUAUGCAUCAAUUUGGUGCGCAAAUAUGACUCAUAAAUAUGCCAUGGGCUUCAAGGAGAAUGACAAUCAUAGUCCUAACAAAAUAAGGGUCAAUGUCCCUCUGGCCAAUUUUAAAGAAUUUGCAAAGGCGUAUCACUGCAAACCUGGUUCUCCAAUGAAUCCCACAGAAAAAUGUGUUUUAUGGUGAUUUCCUGAAUAAAAGAAAUACUUUGUGCCAAAAUGAAAUUAUACGUGAAGUGUUAAUAAAAAAUAAAUACUAUUGAAA